UGAGAAGCGUUAGCUGGGCGCAUUAAUGCAGCAACUGCACGACUGCUGGGAGGUGGCAGCACCGCCGCUCUCUGGCCCGAGCCUGGGUUGCCAAUUAUGGUUGGGUGUGUUCUUGGAGGUGUCAUCCCAUGCCCUAAUCUUUCAUUCCUGGAGAUUCUAGGCCAAUCCUGGAACGCUGGCAACCUUAAACCGGGGUCAGAGCAGCACCCACGUGCACAGGCCCUAGGCCAGGCAGCUGUUAGACGGGGCAGCAGCAGCAAGAAGUUACGGUAAAGGGGCGGGUCCCUCCUCUUCCCCGGGCUGUGAGUGACCCUGGGGCACCAACGCGGCCGGGGCGGUGCCCUGCAAAGCGGGGCAGGGACCGGCAUAACCCGAGCCCCUGGCCCUCCUGGAGGCCUGGCCGCAUCGCAUCUUUCCGAUGUCAAACCUAAAACUUGCCGGCCCGGGCGCCCUCGCGGGGUAGCGGUGGGCCCGGAGCCCUACAGCUCCCGGCGCGCGGUAGGCGUGAGGGGAGGGAGGGCUGUGGUUGGAGCAGCGCCUGCUGGGAGUCGAAGUCCCCAGAGCCGCCCUGUCUCGGGCGGAUCAUGCGCUAAGGCGCGCCCGGAACGUUUCUCCCCGGAACUGAAGCGCCGAGGGCUGUUUCCUGCGGCCGCUCUCCUGGCGAGCCCCUUCCUGUUCCCAGUCCGCGCCGAGCAGCUAUGGCGACGGGGCUGCUGCGGGGGCUGUUGCUGCGGGCGCCUCGUCGCCUCCUGGCCGCUGCCGGCGGGGCCGGGCGGGGCGCCCUCGGCCUCCAGCAACAGCAGCGCCGGGGCAAAAAGUUCUGGCUCCGCGCCUACCUGGAGCAGCAGCGGCUGCGGGCGCCCGCUACCCGCCGUUCAGAGAAGCCUAACUGGGAUUACCAUGCAGAGAUACAGGCUUUUAGUCACCGACUACAUGAAACCUUUUCCUUAGACCUCCUCAAAACUGCAUUUGUUAAUUCUUGUUAUAUUAAAAGUGAGGAGACCAGACGCCAAGAACUUGGGCUAGACAAAGAAGCGGUUGCCCUCAAUCUCCGGGAUAAUCACAAACUUUCUGAACAAGGGGUAUCUCUUUCACGCUCUUAUCUCACUCAGUGUUUUGAAGAUGCUUAUCCAAAGAUGCCCUCUGAAGGGGUACGAGCCCUUGUUGAUUUUCUCACGAGCCAGGAACUUGUGUCUUAUGUGGCCAAAAACCUAUCCAUACAGGAUUUAACGCUUUGUGCAGAGUUUCCUGUCCCACCCAGUGUGCUGCAGAAGACUUUCUUUGCUGUAAUAGGAGCAUUGUUUGAAAGCAGUGGGCCUCAGAAAACAGGGAUAUUUAUCAGGGACUUCUUAAUUCCCCAACUGAUUGGAAAAGACCUUUUUGAGAUCUGGGAUGUUAUAAACCCCAUGGGUUUGCUAGUGGAGGAAUUGGCCAAGAUGAAUAUAUCUGCUCCAGAACCAAGACUUACCAGGCAAUCAGGAGCCAGUACAGUUCUACCACUGUACUUUGUUGGAUUGUACUGUGAUAAGAAGCUUAUAGCUGAAGGUCCUGGUGAAACGGUGUUAGCUGCAGAGGAAGAAGCUGCCCGUGUGGCACUGCGGAAACUGUAUGGAUACACUGAGAACAGACAACCGUGGGACUACUCUAAACCAAGAGAGGGAUGGAGAGCAGAAAAGGCUAUUAGCAGCAGUUAGACAACUAAGUAUACUUCUUCUGCCUAUCCACAAAAGCCAUGUUCUCCAUGCUAAGUAUAAAUGCAUUUCAGAAAAGCAAACUUCAGCAAUUCAGCUCUUUGGUAUAAAGGAUAUAUUUUGAAAAUGCAGCCAUCACAUAUACGUUUAGAAUUCUCCAAACUUGAAUAGAUUGAUUUUUUUUCUUUCUACAAAAUGUUUCCUAUUAUAAAGUAACUGAAGAAAAUGGGAUAUUUCUUAUUAGUAACAAAGCAGGGGAGUUUUCCCCACUGAAUUCCCGUUAUUUGGCAAAGAACUUGACCAUAUAUCCAAGCAUACAACUCUUAAGAAUGUAUGGUAAUCUGUGACUGACCACUUUUUUUAUUUUUGAGCAAACUGUCUCCAUACAGGAAAUAAAACUUUUAUGUAUAGGUAUCUGGACCAGUUUUGAGAGUAUUAUCAACAAAUCAGCAUUGAAUUAAAAAUGUAACAUUA